UGCUAAGUUUCAAAACAGAGCUCUGGUUGGGGCAUUUGUGUUUGGUGAGCUCGCUGUCAUCAAAGAGGCUUUUGCUGAGGUUACUGGAGAAUUUUAUAAGUUCCGGAUCCAUCAGCCUGGCUCCACAAAUAAGCAUCCAGAAGGGCAAGGACCCUGCUUUUAAGCUUUCCCUCGCUAGCAGUGGUCUCUCUAGAGCAGUGGACUGGCUCAUUUCGAAUUAACCUGUUGCCAACAAACUUCAAACACCCUCAACAUCCGAGUAGCCAGAUUCCUGCCUUAUUGCCUGCCUUGAUGUUUAUAUGAUCGCUGCUUGUACGACCCCUUCAGCCCUCAUCUUGUCUGCCUGAAUUCCUAAAACAAGCACUGCGACCUCUGAUAUCCAUCUCAACAAAGAGUAAGGAGGAGGAAAAAAGUUUUGCAAAGAAGGGAGCACAUGAUUUGGGAUUUUAAGUUGGUGUCAUGGAUGAGUCUGCGCUGGCCCUUGGUACGAUAGAUGUUUCUUACAUGUCAAAUUCUUCAGAAUACAGUGUCAAUAGAUGCAAACACUCAGGUGAAGAAUGGGGAGAUUGUGGUUUCAGACCCACUGUCUUCCGAUCAGCAACUUUAAAGUGGAAAGAAACUUUAAUGAGCAGGAAGAGGCCAUUUGUGGGACGAUGUUGCUAUGUGUGUACUCCCCAGAGCUGGGACAAGUUUUUCAACCCAAGUAUCCCUUCCUUAGGACUGAGGAAUGUUAUCUAUAUCAAUGAAACUCAUACAAGACAUAGAGGAUGGCUUGCAAGACGCCUUUCAUAUGUACUUUUUGUUCAAGAGCGGGAUGUUCAUAAGGGCAUGUUUGCCACCAAUGUGGCUGAAAAUGUAUUAAACAGUAACAGAGUACAGGAGGCAAUUGAAGAAGUGGCUUCUGAAUUGAAUUCUAGAGAUGGUUCUGCUCAGCAGCAAUCAAAAUCUAUCAGCAAAGUGAAAAAGAGAGCUAAGCGGAUUCUCCAAGAAAUGGUUGCUAAUGUCUCACCAGCAAUGAUCAGGCUGACUGGAUGGGUGCUACUAAAACUUUUCAACAGCUUCUUUUGGAGUGUUCAGAUUCACAAAGGUCAACUUGAGAUGGUCAAAGCAGCCACUGAAAUGAAUUUGCCUCUUAUCUUCCUACCAGUUCAUAAAUCCCAUAUUGAUUAUCUGCUACUCACAUUCAUUCUUUUCUGCCAUAACAUCAAAGCACCAUACAUCGCUGCUGGCAAUAACUUGAACAUACCCAUCUUCAGUACGCUGAUCCAUAAACUUGGAGGCUUUUUCAUACGACGAAGGCUAGAUGAGACAUCGGAUGGACGGAAAGAUACUCUCUACAGGGCUUUACUCCAUGGACACAUCGUAGAACUGCUGCGACAACAACAGUUUUUGGAGAUCUUUUUGGAAGGAACACGUUCUCGGAGUGGAAAAACCUCCCAUGCUAGGGCAGGCCUCUUGUCUGUGGUGGUGGACACUGUUUCUACCAAUACCAUUCCUGACAUUUUGAUAAUCCCCGUUGGAAUCUCCUAUGAGCGGAUUAUUGAAGGUCAUUACAAUGGUGAACAACUGGGUAAACCCAAGAAGAAUGAAAGUUUGUGGAGUGUGGCAAGGGGAGUCUGUCGGAUGUUGCGUAAAAACUUUGGCUGUGUCAGAGUGGACUUUGCACAGCCAUUCUCCUUAAAGGAAUACUUAGAGAGUCAAAGUCAGAAACCUAUGCCUGCCCCACUUUCCUUGGAGCAAGCUUUGUUACCAGCUAUACUUCCUUCAAGACCUAAUGAUGCUGCUGCUGAUGAAGGUAGAGAAGCUACAGUUAAUGAAUCCAGAAAUGUAAAUGAUGAGCCAUUCAGGAGGAAGUUAAUAGCAAAUCUUGCUGAGCACAUUAUGUUUACUGCUAACAAGUCAUGUGCUGUUAUGUCAACACACAUAGUUGCCUGUUUACUACUCUAUAGACACCGGCAGGGAAUUGAUCUUUCUACAUUGGUAGAAGACUUUUUCAUUAUGAAGGAGGAAGUGCUGGCUCGAGAUUUUGACCUGGGGUUCUCAGGAAAUUCAGAAGAUGUCGUCAUGCAUGCAAUACAGCUUCUGGGAAACUGUGUAACUAUUACCAAUACCAGCCGAAAUGAUGAAUUCUUCAUUACUCCAAGCACAACUAUUCCUUCUGUUUUUGAACUUAAUUUCUACAGCAAUGGGGUGCUACAUGUCUUCAUCAUGGAGGCCAUUAUGGCUUGCAGCCUUUAUGCCAUCCUGAAUAAAAGGUGCUCUGGGGGUACUGGAGGUGUAUCACCCAGCAUGAUUAGCCAGGAACAGCUUGUCCGUAAGGCUGCUGGUUUAUGUUAUCUGCUUUCUAAUGAAGGCACCAUGUCACUACCUUGCCAGACAUUUUACCAAAUUUGUCAUGAAGCAGUGGGAAGGUUUAUACAGUAUGGCAUUCUUGUAGUAGCGGAGCAAGAUGAUCAAGAAGACAUUAGCCCUGGUCUCACAGAACAGCCAUGGGACAAGAAACUUCCUGAGCCUUUGUCUUGGAGAAGCGACGAAGAAGAUGAAGAUAGUGAUUUUGGUGAAGAGCAGAGAGAUUGCUACCUAAAGGUGAGCCAGUCCAAAGAACACCAGCAAUUCCUCACUUUCUUGCAGAGGCUCCUCGGGCCUUUGUUAGAGGCCUAUAGCUCAGCUGCCAUCUUCAUUCAUAACUUUAGUGGCCCUGUCUCGGAACCAGAGUAUCUGCAGAAGUUACACAAAUACUUAAUAACUAGAACAGAAAGGAAUGUUGCUGUAUAUGCUGAGAGUGCUACAUAUUGUCUUGUGAAGAAUGCAGUGAAAAUCUUUAAGGAUAUUGGGGUUUUCAAGGAGACAAAACAAAAGAGAAUAUCAGUUUUGGAACUAAGCAACACUUUUCUACCUCAGUGUAACCGGCAGAAACUACUGGAAUAUAUUUUAAGCUUUGUUGUACUGUAGAAGAACGGUAGCGCCUUUGCCUGAAGAGAAAAAUGCAGAGGGUGGGGGGCGGUGAGGCCAGCACAGUCUCCAGGAUUUCACUGGCCCAACAGUUUGAGGUGCCAUUAUGUGGUAGGACUUCAUCUGACUGGAUCCACUGGAAGACAAGUGCCUUCUUCCCUCCAUGGAUUCGUAAUAAUCCUAAUUCUGCAGUAAUAUAAUAAUCUACAGUUAACACUUGGAUUUAGCCUCAAUUUGCAGAUCAAAAUCAGUAGACUUAAAAGUGAAAUCUUAGUAAAUUAUUUUGGAUUUUAUUGAAUAGCUACGUUAUAAAUAACUACUUUUAAGGUCUAAUUACUGUGACUUUUGCAAAAAUGUAGUGAGAAGCAAAAGCCCCAAGCUUGUUUAGCAAACUUAGUGCUUUCAGCAAAUCCACCAGAAUUUUAGUGCUUUUAAAAAUGAGUUAAAAUCAUCCAAUUCACUGACUUUUUUACUAUCUUUAAAAAAAAGAGUAAUAUAAUUUUUCAUAUAUGCACCUUUUAUUUGAAAGCUCUUCACAAAUUGAAUGGGCUAAUGCAACUUGUAGCCUGGGAUCAAUGUUGUUUUCUUUGGUGUCUGAUGUAGAAGAUGUUUUAGAGCUGCAUGAAACGAAAUAAUAGCUCAAGUCAAGAAAUUAAAAUCACUAUAAAUAACAUAGCAGGGAAUAAAUCUAGUAGGCAGAGUUCAAAAGGACCUGGCCAAAUAUCUUUCACUUUUGCAAAAAGUGCCAUUGAGUUUUUAUCAACCAUAGUAUGUGACUGAUCAUUCAGCUAGUAUUCAGGACCUCCUGUUUUAUAUUCCUCUCAUGAGGUAUGCACCUUUCACAGCAUUGUGUCUCUUUACUUCUUUCUGAAGUAUGAAGGAAAUUGCCACCUUCUGGAUUGUCCAGAAUGGACUUAUUUCAGUAGCAUCUGGGUGCUUCUUGGAAGGCUCCCACCCAGCCAUGGAUAACUUGACUUGGCUUCUCUUCAGGUGGUGAUGUCUGAGCCUACAGUGCUGUGGCUGGAGGGCUGCUGCCGUGUGGUGGACAACAUUUGGCUUUGUAAAAAACCCAUGGAAAAUUACAGGGAAAUUACAUGCCAAAACCUAUCAUGUUAAAUGUUAUACCGCACAGUGGGAAGUAAUUAUGAAGGUUGUCUGUUUGUAAUGGGCAUGUGCCAUUUUGUUAGCAGACAGCAUAAUUGUAUGUUAAUUGCACUAAUGUUGAUGUUCCCUUAUGGAUAAUGUGACAUUAAAAUGUUUUGUAAUGGCUUGCUACUCAUCCAUGGUAUUAUGAAAUUAAGAGUUUUUUCCUAAUGAAUGUAGUGUAUUGUCUUUAAAUCUAAUGUAAAAUUACCAAGACUUGUUAAUAUUGACAACUUUCGUUUUAAACACUAUUUAAUAGUAUCUCUUGAAAGAUCAGGGAUUUUUGGAUACAUGUUACUAACUGGCAUUACACAAAACUUUUCACUUAAAAUGCCCAGCAAUGAUGCUAUAAUCUUGUGAUCCUUCUUAAGAGUCAAAUUCCAAGUUAAAUCACAACUUAUUCUUUAAUAAUGCUUUCUGGAGAACUAAGCAAAUGGUUAUUUUGAUAGUAAACUAGUCUGAAGUGUUUGCACCUCCUUUCCAGUCUUCUUGUGUCUAAACCACUGUUCUGGGGCGGGGCGUAAUGAUAAAAUUCAUGUUUUAACCUUCCAGUUUAUUAGCCAGACUAACAAGAAAUGGACACAUUUACAUUAGUUAGGAAGAAAUACUUAGGAAAGCUUCCUUUUUUUCUUAGUUUUGCUUUAUCUUGGGAAUGAGACCUUUUUUCUUUUAAAUCAUCUUAGGGGAUUUGGGGAAACCCAGUGAACUCUACCCUUUUUUUAAGUCUCCAAAUUUCAGUUCAAAACUUUGCCAGCUCUCUUGUAGUUUGCUGGUAAGCUGAUGUGGGAAGGCCUCCUGCACAAUCACUCCAGCAGGGUUCUGCUGCUUAUAACCUGAGCUUGCUUUGAGUAAAGAAUAAUAACUUCUCUUUUUGUUUCCUGUUGAUACAUUUAGAUCCCAUCUGU